UUACCCCCAAAAAUAAAAGGAAAUUCAAAGCGUCUGUCUGUCUCUCUCUACCUUCUGCUUCAUUUUGAAGCUAUCUUUUCUCUCUCUAUAUUGAACACUACGAACUAGGUUUUGAAGUCCGUUUUUCAGUUUUUAGAACUGCGCUUUGAUUUUUUAGGGUUUACCAGAGCUUUUGAUCCCUCAUGGCGGCGGAGAAACUCAGGGACUUGAGUCAGCCGAUCGACGUUAGCUUGCUCGACGCCACAGUCGCUGCUUUCUAUGGCACCGGAUCUAAAGAGGAGAGGACUGCGGCAGAUAAUAUCUUGAGGGAGUUGCAGAAUAAUCCGGAUAUGUGGCUUCAAGUGGUUCACAUUCUAUCAAACGCACAGAACUUGAACACUAAAUUUUUUGCCUUGCAGGUUCUGGAAGGUGUAAUCAAGUACAGGUGGAAUGCUUUGCCUGUUGAACAACGAGAUGGGAUGAAAAACUAUAUUUCUGAAGUCAUUGUUAAGCUAUCUAGUGAUGAAAUAUCUUUUCGGCGGGAAAGGCUGUAUGUCAACAAACUUAACAUUAUAUUGGUUCAGAUUUUGAAACAUGAGUGGCCUGCCAAAUGGCGAAGCUUCAUUCCUGAUCUUGUUGCAGCAGCAAAAACUAAUGAAACAAUUUGCGAGAAUUGCAUGGUCAUAUUGAAACUUCUAAGUGAAGAGGUUUUUGAUUUCUCAAGGGGCGAAAUGACUCAACAGAAGAUCAAAGAGCUUAAACAAUCAUUGAACAGUGAGUUUCAACUCAUUCAUGAAUUAUGCCUCUAUGUUCUAUCAGCGUCUCAAAGGAAUGAGCUUAUGAGGGCUACGCUAGCCACAUUACAUGCUUUUCUAUCAUGGAUUCCUCUGGGUUAUAUCUUUGAAUCUCCAUUGCUAGAAACACUCCUAAACUUUUUCCAUGUGCCGUCGUAUCGGAAUCUCACCCUCCAGUGUUUAACCGAGGUUGCAGCUCUUAAUUUUGGGGAUUUUUAUAACAUGCAGUAUGUUAAAAUGUAUAACAUAUUCAUGGUGCAACUGCAGGCAAUCCUCCCACUCAAUACAAACAUCCCCGAGGCUUAUGCUCAUGGUUCUAAUGAGGAACAGGCAUUUAUUCAGAACCUGGCUUUGUUUUUCACCUCAUUUUACAAGUCUCAUAUUCGAGUGAUAGAGUCCACACAAGAGAAUACUUCUGCACUUCUAAUGGGUCUUGAAUAUCUCAUUAACAUCUCAUAUGUUGAUGACAAUGAGGUUUUUAAGGUUUGCUUGGACUACUGGAACUCCUUAGUUUUAGAGUUGUUUGAGGCACAUAAUCUGAAUAAUGCAGCAGCAGCUGCAAACAUGUUGGGAUCGCAGAUGCCAUUGCUUUCUGGUAUGGUUGACGGUCUUGGUUCACAACAUUUGCAGCGAUGGCAUCUGUAUGCUGGUUCAAUGUCAAAGUUAAGAUCACUUAUGAUAUCUCGUAUGGCUAAGCCUGAGGAGGUUCUGAUUGUUGAAGACGAAAAUGGGAAUAUUGUUCGUGAAACUUUGAAGGACAAUGAUGUCCUUGUUCAAUAUAAGAUCAUGAGAGAAACAUUGAUCUACUUGUCACAUUUAGAUCACGAGGAUACCGAAAAACAGAUGCUGAAGAAAUUGAGUAAACAACUGAAUGGUGAGGAUUUGACAUGGAACAACCUAAACACAUUAUGCUGGGCAAUAGGAUCUAUUUCUGGAUCCAUGGUGGAGGAGCAGGAAAAUCGAUUUCUAGUGAUGGUGAUUCGUGAUUUACUAAAUUUAUGUGAAAUCACGAAGGGGAAGGACAACAAAGCUGUUAUUGCAAGUAACAUAAUGUAUGUUGUCGGACAGUAUCCUAGAUUUCUAAGGGCCCACUGGAAGUUCCUGAAGACUGUUGUAAACAAGUUGUUUGAGUUUAUGCAUGAAACACAUCCUGGGGUUCAGGAUAUGGCCUGUGACACGUUCCUAAAAAUUGUUCAAAAGUGCAAGCGUAAAUUUGUUAUAGUACAGGUCAGUGAAAAUGAACCAUUUGUAUCAGAGCUUCUAACGAGUCUCCCAACAACUAUUGCUGAUCUUGAGCCUCAUCAAAUUCAUAUAUUUUAUGAAUCAGUCGGUCAGAUGAUUCAAGCAGAAUCGAAUCCCCAGAAGAGGGAUGAAUAUUUGCAGAGGCUGAUGGAUCUACCAAAUAAGAAAUGGGCUGAAAUUAUAGGACAGGCACGCCAAAGUGUUGAUUUCUUGAAGGAUCAAGAAGUGAUCCGUACAGUGCUCAAUAUAUUGCAGGCAAAUACAAGUGUUGCGAGAUCACUUGGAACAUAUUUCUUAUCACAAAUUUCAAUGAUCUUUUUGGACAUGCUGAAUGUGUACCGAAUGUAUAGUGAGCUUGUAUCAACCAGUAUUGCAGGAGGAGGACCUUUUGCUUCUAAAUCAUCUUUUGUCAAACUUUUGCGCUCAGUGAAGAGGGAAACCCUGAAGCUCAUUGAAACAUUCUUAGACAAGGCUGAAGAUCAGCCACAAAUUGGAAAACAAUUUGUGCCCCCAAUGAUGGAUCCAGUUCUGGGUGACUAUGCUAGGAAUGUGCCUGAUGCGAGAGAAUCAGAAGUGUUGUCACUUUUUGCCACAAUAAUAAAUAAGUACAAGGCUACAAUGAUGGAGGAUGUGCCCUGCAUAUUCGAAGCUGUUUUCCAAUGUACCCUGGAGAUGAUUACGAAGAACUUUGAAGAUUACCCUGAGCAUCGCCUCAAGUUCUUUUCAUUACUUCGUGCCAUUGCUAUGCAUUGUUUUCCUGCUUUGAUAAAGUUGUCGAGUCAGCAAUUAAAGCUUGUCAUGGAUUCUAUUAUAUGGGCUUUCCGCCACACUGAACGGAACAUUGCUGAAACGGGACUAAACCUUUUGCUAGUGAUGCUGAAGAACUUUCAGGAUUCUGAGUUCUGUAAUCAAUUCUAUAGGCCUUACUUUUUGACAAUCGAGCAAGAAAUUUUUGCUGUCUUGACAGACACAUUUCAUAAACCUGGGUUCAAAUUGCAUGUCUCAGUUCUCCAGCAAUUAUUUUGUCUGGCGGAGUCUGGUUCGUUGACAGAGCCUUUGUGGGACGUGUCAACAGUUUCUUACCCAUAUCCAGACAAUGUAGAAUUCGUUCGUGAAUGCACUGUAAAACUUCUGGGUACAUCAUUUCCCAACAUGACAGCACCUGAGGUGACCCAGUUUGUGAAUGGACUCUUUCAGUUCAGAAAUGAUCUUUCCACAUUCAAGAAUCAUAUACGAGACUUUCUUGUGCAAUCAAAAGAAUUCUCUGCCCAGGAUAACAAAGAUCUCUAUGCAGAAGAAGCUGCUGCUCAGACAGAGAUGGACCAACAGCGGAUGCGUAGCAUUCCAGGGCUUAUUGCACCUAAUGAGAUACAAGAUGAGAUGUUGGACACAUAGCUGUCUAAUAUUGCUAUGACAGCUAAUUUUGUCGUUCUUAAUUCUGAAGUUCCUGCGGGUGCUUGGAAUCAAUUGCCACACAUUCUGAUGUUCUCAGAUCUGUAAUGUUUUUUUUUUUUUU